UAGGGCCAGAGGCCAACUGGAGAGGGUGGAAGGAGCUUCCUGAGUCACCUGCCUCCAUCCAGCCUGAACCAAUUGUAGGAGAGAUCUUUGUGCCAGCCACCCUAGAAGCAGCCCUUAAUCCUCUAAGCACCUAGGAAUCCACGAAGCUGGGGACAAUUUGAUUCACCUGUCCCAAAAACACAGCCGGCAGGUCCAUGGCUGGCAGGUCUGUGCCCCCAGGACGCCAGGAGGAGGAUACUACCAAAGACCCCGGGCUGAAACUAUCACCGGUGAGGCCUCCAGGCCACCUGCCCAGUAUUGAAGAGGCCCGACUAGCAAGUCUGGGCCCGGCCUCCCGCCGUGGCUCUGUGCUGGGCCCAGCCGCGUCCUUCUCACGCCGCAACUCGCUGGCCGGACCAGGCGUGGGUCCUGGGGGUCGGCGACCAUCUCUGGGCCCAGUUCCUCUUUUGGGCUCAAGGGUUAGCUUCUCUGGGUUGCCCCUAGCGCCCGUGCGUCAGGUGGCACCCUCCUACCGCACAGAGCCAGCGCCAGGGGAGCGCUGGGAAGCCUCGCGCUUACAGUGCGCCCUGGAGGCAGCGCUGGCGGAGAGGCUGCACAAUGCGUGCUACUCGGGUACGGAGGCCGGGCCUCUGGCUCAGGAGCUGUGCGAGUUGGUACGCGUGCGCCUGCGUGAGAUCAGUCCCCCGCGCUACAAGCUAGUGUGCAGCGUGGUGCUGGGGCAGCGCGCCGGCCAGGGCGUGCACGUGGUCAGCCGCGCACUCUGGAACACCGAAUGCGAUGGUCUGGCCUCCGCCGCCUUCACCAACGCCUCGCUCUUCGCCGUGGCCGUGGUCCAUGGGCUCUACUACGAGUGA